CUAUGUGCAUCGAAACAGCGCAACAACUGCACGAAUCACAAAUUUGUAAAAUGUAGGGAUUGACUGCCUCAGUCGCUCAAACUGUCAGUAGUGUUUAUGUGAAGUCGUUUAAUCUGUUUAUGUUAUUCGAGAAAAAGCACAAUUUAGACUGCUGAAGGAGCUUACAGUCACGCGCCAGUGCUGUGACAGGCAGUGUGAGUGUCAGUUUCAUUACAGUUACGCGAGUAGUUAGCUUGCUAGAUAUUCUCUUUUCUGAACACAUUGAUUUAGUGUCAGGUCGAGCAAGAAAACUUUUAGGAUAGGAGGCUAAAUGGCAGACGUUGGAACGUGUGUCAUUCAUUAAAGUGAACAUUUCAAGUCAACAAGUCAGCUGAAGAUGGCCAGCAGGAAUGCCAGUGAGAGCACCCCUCUUUUGGACAGCAGCUCUGUGACUGUGAACAGGCCUGUGUCGGUGUUCCAGGGCAGAAGACUGGCAUGUGCGACUAUUCUGCUGGCAGAGUCAUUGGAACGAGUGGCAUUCUAUGGCAUCACUUCCAACCUGGUCCUUUUCCUCAACAGUAGCCCAUUUUAUUGGGAGGGAACUCAGGCCAGCCAGGCACCACUGAUGUUCAUGGGGGUUACAUACCUGAUCUCACCAUUUGGUGGCUGGCUGGCUGAUGCAUAUCUGGGAAAGUUCUGGACAAUUGCUGGCAGUUUGAUCCUGUACUUUCUUGGCAUACUGUUUUUCCCAUUUAUCGCAAGUACAGACUCCCAGAAUACCCUGUGUGGUGAUGAAAUGGCAUUUCCAGUGCAACCGGCUGAGUGUUUGAGCACAAACGGUACCCUUCCAAGCAAUGUGACCUGCCCCACACGGGCACCUUACUGCGGGCCAGUGAUCUACACUGCCCUUGUUCUCAUUGCCCUUGGUGUGGGAACAGUGAAAUCCAACAUCACUCCAUUUGGGGCAGACCAGGUAAAAGAUCGUGGCCCAGAGGCCACUCGCAGGUUCUUCAACUGGUUCUACUGGUGCAUCAACCUAGGGGCCAUCUUGUCCCUAGGUGGCGUGGCUUACAUCCAGCAGAACAUCAACUUCCAGUUGGGGUACAUCAUCCCAGCCGUGUGCCUGGGUGUCUCCUUCCUGGUGUUCCUGCUGGGGCGUACAGUCUUCAUCAACAAGCCAGCUGACGGUAGUGCCUUCACUGAUAUGUUCAAGAUCCUGGGUUACGCCUUCUGCACUGCACAGCCCAAAGAGCCCAACCUGCUACGGGCUAAACCGACUAUGCUGGACGGUGCCAAGGUGACAUAUGGAGGGAGAUUCCCUGAGGAGAAGGUGGAGGAGGUGAAAGCAAUGCUUAAAGUUCUCCCGGUGUUCUUUGCUCUUAUCCCAUACUGGACUGUUUACUUUCAGAUGCAGACAACAUAUUUCCUCCAGAGCCUACAUCUAAGGAUUCCUGACACCAGUACAGGCACCAACAGCAGUGACGGCACCCUCCAGAUCACAUUCCGCUUCCCUGCCGCCUGGCUGACAAUGUUCGACGCAGUGCUUAUUCUCAUGCUGAUCCCUCUUAAGGACAAAGUGGUGGACCCCAUCCUCAAACGCAGAGGCCUGCUGCCCUCGUCCCUCAAGAGGAUCGCAGUGGGGAUGUUCUUUGUCAUGUGGUCAGCUGUGGCGGCUGGUAUACUGGAGACAAAACGACUUGAGAUCAUCAAAUCUAAUGGCACCAUCGACCAGGUCUUUGGCGACGUCAUCUACUACGCAGCAGAUCUGCCCAUAUGGUGGCAGGUGCCCCAGUAUGUGCUCAUCGGAAUCAGCGAAAUCUUUGCCAGCAUCGCAGGUCUGGAAUUUGCCUACUCAGCCGCCCCCAGGUCCAUGCAGAGUGCCAUCAUGGGACUGUUCUUCUUCUUCUCUGGGAUUGGUUCCUUCGUGGGCUCCGGCCUACUGGCCAUCGUCUCCCUCAAGGGGAUUGGCUGGAUGUCCUCUCACAAGGACUUUGGAGUUGGACAGGCUCUUCAGGGAGAAAAAAUGUGAGCGAGAAUGACGGUGCAUUGUAUUGCCUCAGCCUGCAUAAUGAUCUGUAUACGGACUCUAGGGAGGCCUGCCAUCACAAUCAGCCUUAAACAUGGCCUCUGAAAACUACCUUCAACUUCCCUGGCCAUUGAUCUGUAUGAACACAGUUUUCCAGGGAUGAGGAAUAGUAUAAUGUUCUGGCUCCACUCAUGCACACUGUCUAGAGUUUUUAUAGAUGUUACCGUAAAAUUGGUGUGACAAAAACAUCAGCAGUGUGUCAUAGCUUACUGUUGUCCUCGAAAAGAAGAACACAGUAUUGACAUUUGGAUUCCCUCUGCAGUAUUUACUUUCACAUCAACAGAAAUGUAUUUCCUGGGGGGACGCGUCACAAGAAUUGUAAUGUCGUCCUGAUUUAAAAAUCCACUUAAGAAGUUUGCAAAUUGGUUGCACCAAAGAAGGAAAAAAAAUAUCCUGGUGCAAUUGUCUUAUUUUAAGUGUUUCCUGUAAUAAAUAGAGAUGUCAGACUAACGACAAAAGGUUUGUGUAAAUCUGUCGUAGUGCUAGAAUAAAUAGUGUGGCGGUGGCAGCAGAUGGAUGUGUUCCCUGGUGAAAGGAGCCCCCCGGCCCAGAUGCACUUUCCAGGGAGCAUGCGGAAAAUACGCCGCACUGUAAAUUGUUUAACCACCAACACCUAAUAGCUCAUUAAUACAGUGUGCCGACAGGUUGGGAGGUAUUUUUGAUGACAUUAGCACUUGGAGAUGCUUGGCACGGCUUCAUAAAUCCAUCCUGCGACUUGCCUAGCCUCGCCCGAGGAGCCGUUUGUUUAGUAAGCAUAAUUUGAUUGUUAAACGAGAGCCUCGUUUGCCUGCAAGCUUUCUUUCUCUCACUCUAUCUCGUGCUGCUUUUUGAAAAAGUAAUUUUAAAGAAAAAACGCACAGAGUAGGGGUGGGCGAACAAACAGAAUAAAACAUCCAGGUGUCCAAAGCUUUUGCCUCAAAGCCUGUCAGUUUGUUGUGCAGUUGCUUGUUGUCUUUCCUUCACAUACUUUGCUGGGCUUUACCUGUCUCUACAUUGCUUCUUUACCUAUCCGCCCCACCCCCCUUGGCUCAGCGCUCUGCAGGAGCGAUGGAAGCGGAUCCUCCUCAUUUCCAUGGCUGUGUGAUGCGGAGGCAGAGCGAAGCGUGGAGUAAACAGGAGGUUUGGUGAGCAGAGUGGUGCAGACCUGGGGAUAGACACCCAGUAUUAAUGACAAGCUGGGGGCCUGAUUACACAGCCCUCUCCUCUUAAGUAAAGCUGCCCCUGGAAUGCGCACCAUAUAGCUGCCACAGCCAGCCAGCUAGCUAGCUACCUUGGCAGCUGGAGGCUACUACUCACCUCUCUGUCUCACUACACCACCUUCUCUCUUCACGUCUUGUCCUCACAAACUAGCAGCAGGCAUGCGCAGGUAGAGAAGCAAUGUAGGAUGCAACGAUACAGUCAGUCUGUCCAAAUGUAAAAGCAUAUGCCUUUGGUAACUGUAGUACAGUCGCAACCAAAAUUAUUGGCACCCUUGAUAAAGAUGAGAAAAGAAAAAUAGUACAAUAAGUAAUACCAAUACUAUUGUAUGCUCAAAACAAUGAUGAACUUUACCCAGUACCUGGACUUUUUUUUGCCAAAAACCUGGUUGCCUCUACCAGGAAGCUGUAACUUGGCUGUGGAUCUUCCAGCAAGACAAUGACCCAAAACACAUAUCAAAAUCCAUAAAGAAAUGGUUAAUUGACCAAGAAAUCAACACUUUGCAAUGGCCAUCUGUCUCCGGACUUAAAACUCAUUGAAAACCUGUGGUUUGAAUUGAAGAGGGUAGUCCAUAAGCGCAAACGAAGGAUAUCAACGAUCUGGGAAGAUUCUAACAUCCCUCCCAAUGUGUUCUCCAAUCUCAUAAAAUGUUUUAGGUCUGUGACAUUUUCCUCGCAAGGGGUGCUGGAGCAUUAAACUGGUGCCAAUAUUAUUAUUAAUUUUAAAAUAAGUAUUACUUGUUAAACAUUUUUUUUUCUGGGCAAUUGUAUCAGUAUAAUAUAUAUUUUGCAUAUAAUAUAGCUCAGUAUUUGUAUUAUCUUACUGUAUACAGUAUUUUUUUGCUCAUCUUUGUCAAGGGUGUCAGUUAUUCUGGUCGUGACUGUAUUUGUAUUAUGUUUUUGACUUGGUGACUUUAACUCCUGCUGUGUUCCGGUCAAAUUGGACUGAGUUUUCUCUCUGAAAAAUGUAGUUCCUUUAAUCAGAUUGUCAUAAGGUUGCAUGACUUUGUCCACACGGGGCAUUUGAACACACAAAAUACAUUUUGAUGAUUUUCAUUACAUUUUGGGUGUUUUCUUUAACUUUUGUACACCUGUGGUGUUCCCUGUCAAAAAUGACCAGUCAUUACAAAUGAAUUUUAAAAAUAUAUAUAUUAGACCUUUUAUUUAACUAGGCAAGUCAGUUAAGAACAAAUUCUUAUUUUCAAUGACGGCCUAGGAACAGUGAGUUAACUGCCUGUUCAGGGGCAGAACGAUAGAUUUUGUACCUUGUCAGCUCGAGGGUUUGAACUUGCAACCUUCCGGUUACUAGUCCAACGCUCUAACCACUAGGUUACCCUGCCGCCCUGGGUGAGACUAUAAUUUAGUGUAAUAAAAUUGAGUUCAGGCACAUGCCCAUUCAUCAGAUGGGCACACCUCUCCCAGACACCCACAUGGAUGUGUGUUUGAGCACACACACGCCUCACUCCCCUUCUUGGCUUCCAUGGCAAUCCCCACGGGAACCUUACCCCAAUAGAAUCUUUCCCUCACUGGAACCACACCUUUUGGCAUUCUCACAAAAAAAUCACAACAUUGUUUCAAUGUAUACAACUUUUCUUGCAGCUCUGGUAUAUAAAGCUUUUUGAGGCCUUGCACAUCAUUCAUUCUGUGGCAGCACAAUGACCAAAUUAUAUACUGUAUGUGAGGCUCUUGAUCAUAUCUUUGAUCAUGACACUGGUGAGGAGGAGAGAGUCCUUGUUAAACUUUGACACAAAGUAGUCUGUGAUGAAUAGCACUAUGUUUCAUCUGAGUAUUUGUUAAAGUCUAAAUAAUCCAUACAUUUUGCUUUUACACAAAAACAAGUUGUAUGAGCUCAGGUCAAUGAAGCCUACAGGCCAUAAAUAGCAAAUAGAAGUUCAAAACUUUUGAUGUCCACAAUAACUUAAGUUGAUAUAAAGAUCUGACACAACAUUAGGUGAUCAUAUAUGUAUUAUUAUGGAUUUAUAAUCCGCUAUAAUGGGGCGGUCAUUUUGGACCGGGAACACAGAAUUAUUUAACAUGAAACGAACACAACAGGAGGGUUAAAAUCCCAAUGGGCUUUUUCCACAGUCAGGCUGACAUCACAUCUGACUGGUCAUUCAUCACAAUCCUUUUAUUUGGUCUUAGAAAAGGCAGCCAUCUCACCUCUGCUUUGACAGAGACUGCAUUGUGCUGAGUUAACCCCACAGUUAGUCAAUGAAAGGUCAACCUUCUUUCCUUCUGCCUCAUGAGUUGGCUUGUAUACAUAAAUAUGUUUUGUUCUGCUGAAACCUGUGCUCCUUUGAAUUGUUGCCCAAUGUAUUCAUCCACCAUUGACUUUAAGGAACACAAUGCUUGAGCUCUGAGUAGGUAGCUGCAGUCACAGACCAGGAAAUGGCCUUUUUAUUUUAAUUGUACCAGGUUCAAGUCCUGACUGGUCCAGGAUCAGAUGUUGGGAUAUUUUAGACAUUCACAGUUUGGGUUGAGACCCACAUAUCCUGCUCAACACUCAUUUGAUGAUACUCAAUGAAAAUACUGUUUUUAAUAGAGGGCAACGGUGCCAAAGCAGGACAAAUGGUCACAUGAGCUCUUCUUGAGAUUGGUGCUCAAGUCUUCCUGCUUAAUAUAAUACAUGUACUGUAUAAGGGAAGGUAUUUCUUUAAGUGAAAGAAUGAUCAAUGUGAGAUAUAUAUUUUAAAUACUGUAAACGGCAGCUUUUCGGCUGACUGAUAUUUCCAGCCUAUCUAGCUAAAAGCAGAUGCUUGUUCUUUCCUUUUAAUUGUGUCAGAGUUCAGGGUUGUGAUUUCUCCAUUGAUAAGUUAAUAAUGGUAUUGAUAGAUACAGUAAUCAAUGUAUUUACAAUUACCUGCACUCAUUAUUGAUCAACUGCUUCCAUUUUGUCUCUAGUCCAUCCAGAAGUUUUACAGUACAAGAAAGGGAAGUCGGACAAAGUAUGUUAAUGUCCACAGCUGGGGCUGAAGAUCAUUGGAGGUCUGUGUGUUUCAGAAUUGUUGUUGUAAUUAUUGCAGCAGCUCUCUGCCUCAAUGAAUGCAUCACGGUGGCUAAUAUUAUUCAGUUAGAGGCAAACAGACAUAGAAGUUCCCUUCAGUGUCCUAGCUCUGGAUAGCGCUGCAUUCCUCCGUGUCGAUCGCAUUCCCUAAAUACCUGUCAAAUAUGUAUGGGGUUCGUUAAUGGUUUGUACAACAAGUCCUUGUUUAGUUUUUGCUGCUGUAAUUACCAGCCAAGUGGCCCCUGGGGAGGCAUGAGUGGGAAGGAGGUAGGCAGAGGCAGACAUAAUGAAAUUAAGAAAUUACAAAAAUGUCAACCCUGCACAGUUUUUCAAACCUACCCCAUAAACUGAGAUGUAAAGACUUGUUUUGAUUUGAUUUCAUCAGUCGUCCCCUGAUAAUUCUCAGGAUCCAGUUAUAUUACUUAUUCUCUGGUGAUGUUUAUUGAAUCUAUAAAACACUACACAAUUAAGGUCAAUGAACGGUGGCUCUUUCCCCUCAAUAUGCAUUUAUUCAGCAUGCAGUUCUGUCAUGCCCUCUCUCCUCUCCCAUUCUCCUUAAGGCCAACUCCCCUGUGUUAAUUAAGGCUGUGCUUGCAGACUGCGUGUCGGUUAAAGCGAAUUAUCGAUUUGAAACUCAAGCAGCAGACUCUGCCGGCAUUAACCCCCACCCCAUGUGAACAUUAUCCUGCCGGUCUUCUCCUUUUCCAAUUAUCCAUAAAGAGCACAGACCGAGGCAGUGAGACACAUCUAUGGGUUUGAAUAUGAUAUGGAUUCUGAUGUGCAAGUGACAGGAUAUAUAGUACUGCACCACUCAUAAAGGUGAAAACAAUCGUAUGAUGAACUGCAAAGGACACUAUUUAGACGGCCUGCAGAGUGACUCCUCCGUUACGUUUUGGAGGUUCUUUAUGGGUUAAAAUAUCCCAACUUGCAUAUUUUCUGCCUCCCCUGGUGAAGUGCUGCUAGCAGCGAUCCGUUGAGUUGUAGGCGUGAUUUAUUUUCAGUUUAGUCUUUGAUUUAGUAUAGUUUAUAGGUUUUGUGUUUUGGAAAUGAAUGAGAUAUCAGGGGUCUUGGCACUGUUUAAAUCAUGUCUCCUUUUUACUGCUCUGGUCAGAUGGUAGACUAUACAGUCUUCCCUACCAGAGAGGAACAACUUUUUAUAGAUUGGUUCGUAUUUGGCCGUAUUGUCACCAAUAAGUUAAUUGUUAGUGAAAAUGAUGCACACAAAUAUAUGCAAUCCAACGGUAUAUGUAUUAGUGUUGUAUUUUGGUCAUGCCUCGUGACUCAGAUUGUCAAAAUGAUUUCAGCCAAUUCCAAAGCGUGUCCAGUCAAAAGUUCAAGCACUUGGUUAAUUGGGGUCAUGUUGAUGACCGCACCAGUAUCAUGUGUGAGUUUGACCUAUUCCCCCUGUCGUGUACAUGGUGGCUGUGUGAGUCCUUGUGUUCCCCCCAGCUCUGGAUGGACCGGUAUAAUUGGACGGUCUCUGAACCCCAGGGUCCGGAGGGCCGUCAGACCACUCUCCCUGUUCACUCUCUCCCAGCCCGCCCUCACCAUGGGAAAUGACAAGACCUCUGUGGGAUUACCCCCUUCUCCAAUUAAAAUCAAGCCUGCUCCUCCUCUAGGUCGUUAUUCACUGUGACAGUCCAACGUGGAGAACUUAAUAGGUGCAUUCUUUUGACAGCACACUGUCCUGGAGCUUUGGACUUCCUCAUUUGAAGAUACAGUAUGUAGGCUAGCUAGCUGAGCUCUGUCCGUUCUCCCAUGUAUCCUUCCGGGCUAAGAAACCGUGCCAUGCUGUGUGCCUAUUGUAUAAACUCAAACCCUUUUGUAAUAAACAUGAGAGAAACCCUAUGCUGGGUAUUCUAAUUGGGAAUUCAAAAGAAUAGCUGUGAUUUGUGUCAGAUGGGCUGCUGGUUAAACAUUAAGGCCAGUAAACCACUGCUUAACAUGGCCAGGGGUGGAAGGCUUCUCUAACGCCAACACAAUUGUCAGACAAAGCACUGUUUUAGCUUGCAAAAUCAUUGAUUUAGUGCAGCUGUCGGCUUUUCCCUUGAUGCGAAACUGUAGCGGGGGGGGGUAGAUUUUGUUUAGAAUUGCCCUCCAGUGUUUGAACAGGGACAACCACUCCAAUCAGCAGUGCCAGCGUUCAGAAGUAGACGGCAAUAGCUGGGUGCAAGCAUAAAUCUCGGAAAGAGGCUUGUUCGUGUAACAAUGCACUGCGGAGACUGGUGAUGUUAGCUGAGAAAGGAGGGUGACAAUUUUUAUAUCUCAUGAAGACAGAAGGGUAAUCAUGGACAGUUUGAAUAGAUUUUUUUCACAGUACAGUAUUAUAUAUUAUAAAGUGGUGAUAUGACUUAAGGAUACGGAGUUGUUCUAAUGCGGGUCUUUGUUAAGGAGAUGAUGCUUGUACUGUACACGGUCAAAUAGCUUUUCUAUGACGUACGAUGCCUGUAUCUCCAAUCCAUAUCAAGCGUGAGACACACACUCAAUCCCGCUAAGCCAGAAUGAAGGCAAACAAUUAAGUGCGCAUCAUUGUGUUUUUAUGCCUUGUUAUUGAAUCCGUUCCCCCAAGGAAACAAACAAUCCUUUCAUAGUAUUGAGACUCCUUGCCUGUCCUCACAGCUGAGGGUCCAGAAUGAUCUGUUAUUUUCUCAUGCUUCAAUCCCAGAUUAUCAAUAAUGCCAUUCAUAUGAUCAUUGAAGUGUGGGGUCAAACUGCGUUAAGCAUCUCAUAGUAAUAAGACAAGAAGUGGCUUCCAGUUGCACUGACAGAGCUGUCUUUUUUUCUCAAGCAUAAGCUUGUCUUCAGACAGAUUUCAUUUCUCUUAAAAGAACGAGCUAAACACGGAGACAAAGCAACUGUCGUUGCCAUGUGACACUGCCAUGUUAUGCGAAUGAACAGUUGUAUGUAUCCCUUUAAUGUGGAAUGCUGCUUUGUGAUGUUGGUGUCAUGCUCCCAUCCCCCUCUACCUAUUUUUCUCUCUGCAGGAUGCAUCAACCACUGCUGUUUUGUCGUCUUCUUUUUUUUACCCUUCCUUUCUAAUAACUUCUAUAUGCCUCUUUAUUUUGACCUGAUCUCUUCCCCCCUACAGCUUCUUGUGGUGUCUCUUUCUGAGGUGUUGCACUUGAAUUCUGUCAUAACAAUGGCACUGUUCCUACCACCCUCUCUCCAUCCCUCU